CAUCAUACAUGCAAACCACGCAAACACGUUCAAGCUAGAUACAUAAACGUAGGUAAAUCUUUUCAUUCAUAAUAGCUUACCCACGAGUAUAUCUCAGCCAUCAUCAUGGCUGAAUAUGAAGCUCGCCGGCUUGAAAAUAUUAAGCGCAACGAGGCUCUUGUGAAAGAUCUAGGUCUGCAUAAUAGCAUCAUCUCUUCAAGUAAAAGAAAUCAAAAAGUCAAAGACCAUAAUCCAUCUCCUGCGAAACGCCGCAAGCUCUACAUUAAUUCUCCUAGGCGCUCGUCAGCUCGCCUUGCAAAUUCUCUAAUGGGGCUACCUCUUCAUAAAGAUGUCCAAGACGAUUCAGAUUCAUCAUCAAGUAAUCGGCCUCAUAAGAGCCGGGCGGCAAAACCUAGCCGUGGUGGUGAACUGGCCUCUAAGAUUUCCAGUCCAAAACCAGAACCCAGUCUGGAUUUUGAUUCUCUAAUUACAGCGUGGUCUUCGUGGACUCUUGCAGCACCUUCCCCAACGCGCGACGACGAGGGGAACUAUCACUUUGAGUCGCAUCCUACAUUUACCCCUAAUAAGUCGCCCGAGGCUAUCAUUCGUGAGGGUUCCUUCGGAGGAACAUACUGGCGUCCCCUCUACUCGCGACGUCUUCGUACUACUAUAACCGACGACUGGAAAGAAUUGCCAGCAGAAUGGACCGAGGGCCUCGACGUAGGAAAGUACCUCACUAGCGAGACCGUCAACCCGGAGGUUAAUAAGUACGGGGUCGCAUGUGGGCAGAGCAUCGAGCAAUGGGAAGCCUCCGGAUGGAUUAUGCACGAAUACGACGUCCGCGGCUGGUUUCAGUGGUACUGCAGAUUCUGGCAAGGACGUCGUUGUCCAGAUGACAACCGUCAAGUAAGUAGGUGGAAGAGGUGCGUUGGGGAAAAUGGAAGAUGGCGCAAGGCUCUCCUUAAGAAGUACGUGCAAAACGGCAUACGUAGCGUAACUGAUGAGGGAGAAGACGAUCAGAAGGAAGAAGUGAGUCCUGCUAUGCAUCAGACGUGCCACCACUGGGCUUGGGAAGUCAGGCAAGAGGCAUUAGAUCGAUUUUGGGAGGAGUGCGAAUAGUUCACCAUAUCGUCUAUGAUAUUUUGGCUAGUAUUUAAUUCAUACAUGUGAGAGAUGGUGCAGAAUUUGGUAAACAUGAAG